AUGGCUCGUGAAUUCCCUGCCGACGUGGUGAGGACCACUGACAGGUUCGCUGCCGAAUUGGGUCAGGUUAAUGGUAUCAAUGUGGAUGAUAUUGCUCGGCUUUGGAGAGCGUACACGACGCAGCAAACUGUUGUGCAAGAUGUCGUGGUGUCCCGGUUGGAGAAUUUCUUCUGGAGGAUAUGGAGCAAUGUCGCUCUCCAGCAGAAUCUUACUGGAAUUACACUGGCAACUCUUUUCAUGGCUAUUCAUGAAAACUCCUCGCUUCAUAUUGAUGCCCAUCGCCACCAGUCGCUCUCGGAAAUCCAACCCCCCUCUGUCAUCAUGGCCGAAGCUUCAUUGACUAUCACCACCAACCCCCAGUCUGACGAACAGAAAGAGUCACCGAAGAAAGAGUCCAAAAACCCCCUUCCACCCAUUCUCAAGAAAUCCACCGAAGGAAAGAAAAGCCAGCCUCCGACAGCACCGUCUUCUUUCAAAACAACAAGGAUCGUAGUCCCCGAGAAGCAAACUCAGAAAGCGACUAAAGAUACAGCUGUAGAAAACGGGAAGGCAACAGCCAUAACUGCGCAGAAGCCAGCCCGUAAGAAAGCAGCCUUUGUCGCAAAUCGGGCAACCUCGUCAAGACGAAGAGGCGUGCUUAUUAGGAGGAAAUCUACACAGACUUCGCCUGUUCAAUCUCCAGCUGUUGAGCGCUCGGAGGAGAGCUUAGAAGAGGAGUUUAUAAUGCCAAAAGACGAGCAGGUAGAAGAAACUGCGCAAAAAUCCGAGUCUUUCAGCGUCCCAAAAGGCCCCGAGUUCUCGUGGCGUUCCUUGUCCUACUUGAAAGUUGAUGAGAAUAAAACUGCACCACCACCACCAGAACAUAAAGCCACCGGGUCUGGAACAAGCCCUCCUCCUACAAACUUCUCUCUCAGCAGUGUCCGCCACCACCGUAGCCCCGAGAGUGUCCAAGCCUCAUAUCAAGAAACCACUCGGAGCGUCGCAAAGUCCAAUAAGCCUCUGGUUGACCAGGACUUUCGUACACAUUUCGUUCAACGAAAACGCCAAGAAUCUGCGCACGGCACCAACAACAACAGCACAGCUUCUUCUCUCACCACCAGUCUCAGCUCGACGAAUUUCCGAGAACUGCUUAACGCUGCCCAAGCUGCUGCACAAUCUCUUCCGAACCACGACGGUCCCAGCGCAAGUACAGUGACCAUGGUGACAUCGACUCGUAAACCAGACGGUAAAGAUCGAAGCCGACGACCAAUGAUAAUCAACACACAACUGGAUAUAGAGUCUGUUCCUCAUCAACCUACAGUUGCGGUAAAGGUAUCAGAAUCAUCAACGUCGACAUCGCAACAAACAACAAGCGGUGUCUUUUCGGUGCCGAAGGAAUCGCAGGGCCAGCUGGGCGAGCAAUUGAACAGUUUGAUCAAGGGGGCGAAAAGGAAGAAUAAGAACUAA